AUGUGCCAGUUAGCAGCUGAUGAUGGUUUGAGUGUUCACAGCACAUAUUUUCUUGUUUCAAAAGUGAUCGAUCUAACUACAAUCAUUCUUCAAACAAAAGUCGGUGACGUUGGGCAACUUGUUGUUGGAACAGGAAUACAUUUACUAUCAAUGGUAUCGCCAUUUUGGGUACUUCAUCCGUUGAUUCGUCAAAUGAGCGAAUACUUACAUUAA